CGGGCUGGCGGCGGCGGCCAGCUGGGCGCGCACUCUCGGGAUGGAGGGCGAGCGCCGGGCAUCUCAGCCGCGCUCCUCGGGCCUCCCGGCUGGGGGCGCCGAUGGGGAGAGCCCCGGAGGCGGUGCCCCCCUCUCCGGCAGCAGCGGUUCCUCCGCUCUACUGCAGGCCGAGGUGCUCGAUCUGGACGAGGACGAGGACGACCUAGAGGUGUUCAGUAAGGAUGCCUCAUUGAUGGACAUGAAUUCCUUCAGCCCUAUGAUGCCAACAUCCCCUUUAUCAAUGAUAAACCAAAUCAAAUUUGAAGAUGAGCCUGAUUUGAAGGAUCUCUUCAUUACAGUUGAUGAACCUGAAAGCCAUGUUACUACCAUUGAAACUUUUGUUACUUACAGGAUUAUUACUAAGACAUCUCGUGGUGAAUUUGACUCUAGUGAAUUUGAAGUUAGAAGACGUUAUCAAGAUUUCCUGUGGUUGAAGGGAAAACUUGAAGAAGCACAUCCCACUCUGAUUAUUCCUCCAUUGCCAGAAAAGUUUAUAGUGAAAGGAAUGGUGGAACGCUUCAAUGAUGACUUCAUCGAGACACGGAGAAAGGCAUUGCAUAAAUUUUUGAACCGAAUUGCUGAUCAUCCAACUUUAACAUUUAAUGAAGACUUUAAAGUUUUUCUCACUGCACAAGCUUGGGAACUUUCUUCUUAUAAGAAGCAAGGGCCUGGAUUGCUAAGCCGGAUGGGACAAACAGUCAGAGCUGUUGCAUCCUCAAUGAGAGGAGUUAAGAACCGCCCAGAGGAGUUCAUGGAUAUGAAUAACUUUAUUGAAGCAUUUAGCCAGAAAAUAAAUUUGAUAGAUAAAAUAUCUCAGAGAAUUUACAAAGAAGAAAGGGAGUAUUUUGAGGAAAUGAAAGAAUAUGGCCCAAUUCAUAUUCUGUGGUCAGCAUCAGAAGAGGAUUUGGUUGAUAGCCUUAAAGGUGUUGCCAGCUGCAUUGACAAAUGCUGUAAGGCCACUGAAAAACGGAUGUUUGGACUCUCAGAGACCCUACUGCCUGUCGUACAUGAGUAUGUGCUUUAUAGUGAAAUGUUAAUGGGUGUUAUGAAAAGAAGAGACCAAAUACAAGCAGAACUGGACUCCAAAGUAGAAGCUUUGACCUACAAAAAGGCAGAUACUGAUGUGCUUACAGAAGAGAUUGGAAAACUUGAAGAUAAGGUGGAAUGUGCUAAUAAUGCCUUGAAAGCAGAUUGGGAAAGAUGGAAACAAAAUAUGCAAAAUGAUAUCAAGUCAGCAUUUACAGAUAUGGCCGAGGAGAAUAUCAACUAUUAUGAACAGUGCCUUGCUACAUGGGAAUCCUUCCUUACAUCACAGACUGACCUCCAGUUAGAAGAAACCUCUGAAGACAAACCUUAAUCCCAAUGAGGACUUUCUUGUGAUCUUUAGGAGACAGCAUGUGUCAACCAAAGUUAUUGGUUAGAUGAGCUGUGUCUUCUAUAAAAUGGAUAGAAAAUAUUUUACACUAUCUGGAAAACCAACAACUUGAAAACUCAGGUAUUCCAGGUCAUUGACAUUAAUUUGAAUAUGUAUAUAUAUAUAGAUAGAAAUAUUUAGCUGAGUUUUAAUUAUGUUCUUAAAUUUGUGUGCCAAUAAUCGUAUACAGAAAUUUUUUCCUUAAACAUCUGUCUGUGGGACAUGCCGUUUUAAAUAUGAUGUAAAGACACAGUUUUAAUAAAAGCUUUAAUA